UUAGCUGCAGUGUGGUUCGUGUUGCGCUUGUCUGGGUAAUAGUUUAUUCUAUGCAGCUAGCGUGGGUGCAACUCUAAGAUGAACGCAAGCUCCAUCCCGUUCAAAGUGUGCAUCCCCAGCCGAGGCCCGGCGCGCAUCGGCAUCGCUGCGUCCAGCUACGCGCAUCUCCGCCAGAUCGUCCGCUACAAGUACAAAGUGAGCGGAGAGUUUUCUCUCCAACAGGAGGACGGAACGAUCGUUUGCGACGAGGACUACUUCAGACUCUUGGAGCCCAAGACUACGCUCACUGUCAUGGAGUCUCCGCCUCCUUUCCCACCGUUGCAACAUGCUGCUUCAACGGCGGCCGCCUUGGCGGGUUACCAGCCGCUGUGCCCCAAUCACUGCUGGCCUCGUCCCUCCGUUGCGGCAGUCGCAGAGCUAUCCACCAUCAAAGGACUCACGUUCUUUCUCACCCUCCUCUACAAUAUCUUCACCCGCAGCAGCUUAGGCCCAUCUUUCACCACCCUGGUCCUGUAG